AUGCCGAAACUGCACGAAAACGGGCCCAAGAUUGAUGUCAGCGGUCUCGCCGCCCCUCUGCUUCGUGGUGAAAGCAGCGACACGCCGCCGCUGUCGCCGUUGCCGCUGUCGUCUGGCGAGGAGCGGCUGGCGAUGCGGUGCGCUGUUGCCAUUGUCUUCACGACCACAUUCCUCUGGGGAAUCGUCCCGGGCGACGCCGUAAUGCGAUCGCUGAAGCUGGUGCUGGCGACAACCGCGCGACUUGGCGGCGACUUGGGCACGAUCAGCAACCUGGGCCACCUGGUGGGAGGACCGAUUAUCGCCGCUGUUGCUGACACUAGCAGCCGCACUCGUGCCAUUGCAAUCUCUGUCGCGCUCGUAGUGUCGUCAAAGUGCCUGUUUGCAGUCGUCUAUGUCGUCUCGGGCCGCCUCGCGGCUGGCCACGCGCCCGCCGGAAGCGGCGACAUCGCCUUCCUCGCAAUCCCGUUCCCUAUACUCGUGCUCUGUGGGGCGCUCAUUGGCGACGUGACCCCCACCGCUUCACGCGGCGCUGUCUUUGCCCGGCUGACCGUCUGCCACGGGGUUGCGGCCGGCGUGUCCCAGGUGCUGCACCUGCUGCUUCUCCGGCUCUACCUCACAGACUACACUCCCAUCAUCGUGGCGGUAUUGUGCGAGGCGCCAACACCGCCAGCGACUGGCAAGGCAGCUGAGAGCGCAGAGGCAGCUGGGAGCGCAGAGGAGCGGGGCCCCAGGGCAGCAGUGCGGCUGCUCUUGCGUGAGCGCCGGCUGUUGUGCGCUUGCGUGAGCACAUUCGUCUUCAUCUUUGGCGUCCACGGCGGCGGCAGCUUGAUGAACUCGCUCACGCUAGCGCUCGGCUGGCGGCAGGGGGACCUGUACACGCUGCACCUCGUCAUCACGCUGCCCACCAGCUUGACGUGCAUCACGCUCGCGAGCCGAUUUAUUUUCCCGCGCAUCGGAACGGCGGCGGCUGUCAUCCACGGCAUCGCGUGCUUGCUGCUGAUGUGCUUGGGAUUCGGCGUCGCUCCUUGGCUCGGCGCCGGCGCCAUAGGGCUCAGCCUCUUCCUCAUCGGCUGCGCCGCUCCCGGCGUCCCCGCCCUGCUGGCGGUCCUCACCGAGCAGGCGCCGCCACGGCAGCUUGCCAUGGCGCAGGCCUGCCUCUCGGUCGUUGCGACCCUCGCCAUCGGGAUCUCCACGUCUGUGUUUGGGCACCUCUUUGACCCGAGCACCCCGGAGAGCGCCGCCCGGCCGUAUGCGCUCAGCCUGGUGCUGGGCACUCUCGGGGCCUGCCCGCUGCUCGCGCUGCUCGUGCCAAUCGCGCGCGAGCAGCUCCGCGCGCUGCGAGUGGGGGAGGGAGCAGGCUCGGAGUGA